AUGAUUACUCGUUUAAUGACGACUGAAGAAGAGCUUAAGGGAGCAGUGGAGCUGCCUAGCGAUCUGGGAUCUCAGGUUUCGUGUUGUGGUACCCCUGCCGACAGGUGGUCGCAGGGCCUGGUGUUCCACCAGGCGUUGGUGGACUGCGCUCGCGCCGCCAUCCUACUGCCACUGGCCGUCAGCAUCCUGCGCUGCCAGCCGGUGCACAAGUGCUCCCUCGUCGAGACGGCCUUCCUGCUGCUCGUCACCGUCUCCACCGUCAACAUGCUCACCACCGUGCUCAACGACUCCCCUGUAUUUCCGCAGGAUGACGAGACAGAGGAGCAGAGCCCGCUGCUGAUGGACUCGCCGCAGUGCGUGCUCUUCGGCACGUUCAUGAUCUGGUUCGCAUCGAUCACGAUCAACCUGGGCCCCACGUUCCUGAGCGGCGCGCUGGCCGCCAGCGCCGAGGUGAGCCACAACGCGCCCAGCUGCCCCCUGGUCCACGGGCCCUUCCGCCACUACGUGCUCAACGUACUCUGGAUCGCCGUCAACGUCGUCUGCGUCCUGCUGACGCUCUUCCACCUGCACAAGCUGCACCGCGACCUCACCAAGGCCAACGUGCAGGCUGUGAGGGUGGCGGGCCUGGUGACGACGCUGGUGAGCGUGACCGGGGGCAGUGGCGGCGGAGCCACGGCGGCGGCGACGGGCCUGCCGGGGGCGGUGGGGGCGGGUGCCAUGUCCCGCGGCCUGCCCCCUGGGGCGGCGGCCGGCGAGAAGCUCGGGGGCGGCGCGCUGGCCGAGAGCCGGCGCAUGCGCAACUACCUGCAGCGCGUGGAGCGCGAGGGCGUGCAGCGCGUCAAGAUGUUCCUCGUCAUCACGGCCGCCUACGUCGUCUUCUGGGGGCCGCUCUUCCUCGUCACGCUCGUCCACCGGCCCGCGCUCGGCUCGCAGCUCGGCUACGAGAUCACGCUGCACGUGGCCUACGUGCACGCCUUCGUGCAGCCGACGCUGUUCCUCGUGCUGCACCACGGCCUCCGCCAGGCGGCCCUCGAGUCGUGCUGCCGCCCACCGAGGCUGCAGCCAGGCUCGGGCUGGCCAGUAUACAGCGAACAGAGGGGCGGCAGCUACCGGCCGUUCAUCAGGCAGGGGCUGAAUAAUACACCAGCGCGCCGCGGCGACACCGCCCGGCUGGCCAGUUAA